AUGCGGCUUAAGCCGCAUUUCUAUCUAGUUCUAGCGAAAUGUGAUAAUCUUCCUUUUUUGCAUAUUUUGUCAUCAGCGAUUGGAGAAACAGCUGGUGUAACCCAAGAUAUCGGUUCCGAUCCAACGUUGCCACGGUCAGAUAAAGAAUCUGGAGAAGAAGCAGCUGGCGAAGAGGGAACUUCUGGGGAAGAAGCAGUUGGAGAAGAAGGAACAGCUGGUGAAGAGGCAGCUGGUGAAGAAGCAGCUGGCGAAGAAGCAGCUGGCGAAGAAGCAGCUGGCGAAGAAGCAGUUGGAGAAGAAGGAACAGCUGGAGAAGAGGCAGCUGGCGAAGAGGGAACAGCUGGCGAAGAAGCAACUGGGGAGGAAGAGGCAGCUGGGGAAGAGGCAGCUGGGGAAGAUGGAACAGCUAGUGAAGAAGCAACUGGGGAGGAAGAGGCAGCUGGAGAAGAGGUAGCUGGGGAAGAAGCAGCUGGUGAAGAAGAAGGAACAGCUGGCAAAGAAGCAACUGGGGAGGAAGAAACAGCUGGAGAAGAGGCAGCUGAAGAAGAGGCAACAGCUGGUGAAGAAGCAGCUGGCGAGGAGGGAACAGCUGGCGAAGAAGCAACUGGGGAGGAAGAAACAGCUGCAGAAGAGGCAGCUGGAGAAGAGGCAGCUGGAGAAGAGGCAGCUGGAGAAGAGGCAGAUGGGGAAGAGGCAACAGCUGGUGAAGAAGCAGCUGGCGAAGAGGGAACAGUUGGCGAAGAAGCAACUGGGGAGGAAGAAACAGCUGCAGAAGAGGAAGCUGGAGAAGAAGCAGCUGGAGAUGAAGAGGGAACAGCUGGCGAAGAAGCAACUGGAGAAGACAAAACCGCAGGAGAAGAAGCAGCAGCAGCCGGAGAAGAAGGAACUUCUGGUGACGAAGCUGCGGGAGAAGAGGGGAUUGCAGGGGAAGAAGCAGCAGCUAGAGAAGUGGGAACGGAAAUACCAGUCAACACACUAGCAGCAGCAGAUACAUCGGCCACAGCAGAAGCGACAGCAGAAGCAGCGGCAGAUGCAACAGCACUGGCAGAAGCAGCGGCAACGGCAUUUGCAGAAGCACUAGCAGCAGCCGAGACACAGAUGGAUGCAGCAGCAGAAACAGAAGCAACAACAUUUGCUGAAGCUACAGCGACAGCAUUGGCAGAGGCAGCAGCACUGGCAUGGGCAGAAGCAGCAGCGGCAGCAGCAGCGGCGGCAGAGGCAGCAGCAGAAGCGGUAGCAGCAGCACUGGCAGCAGCACUGGCAGUAACAGCAACUUGUGGAGAAGCUUGGGCAACAGCAGAGGCAAUAGCGUUAGCUGAAGCAACGGCAGUGGCAUAUGCUGAAGCAGAAGCAGCAGCGGAAGCAGCAGCUGAAGCGGCAGCAGAGGCAGCAGCUGAAGCAGAAGCAGCAGCAGAGGCAUAA